AAAGAUUGUCCUUUACUCCUUUGUUAGGGUUUUGAAUUCUUCUUCUUUCCGAUUUCGGUGUUCAAUGGCGCCUUUUGUUGAAGUCUGUAGUACUCGAAACCAUUAUUGUCUCAUUCUCGCUUUAGUCCGAUUUCUGUUAACCGGAGAGUUAUCACGGCCGUUGCUCGAGCUGAAUCAAAUCAAAUUGGGUGACGAUGCCAACUCAAAGGAGGUGCUGAGAAACUUAUCAUGGCAAUUGCCUGUCUGUUUAGGAUACAACAGAGAUCAAGAAUUGCAAAAUGUUGAAGAAGAUUCGAGUUUAGAUGAUCAGAAGCAGAAGUCUAGAAGCCAGUUUAAGAAAAGAGUGAUUUUUGGUUUAGGAAUUGGAUUGUCUGUUGGAGGAAUUGCUCAAGGAAUGACUCCUCCUCCACGAUAUCUUUCUAGAGUCUGCUCGGUUUAUAUGAGUGCUCUUAUGCCCAUACUUACAUUCUCUCUGUGUGGUCUUACUGCUCCAGUUCUAAACACCGGAAUUGGAAGAAGCUGGCCUACUAUCCUCGGUGGCCAAGCACACUGGACAGUUGGACUUGUUGCUAUAUUGAUUUCUUUCUGCGGUAUAAUUGCCUCAGACACGUUUGCUUUUCUUGGUGGCAAGGCAUUUGGUAAAACUCCUCUUAUUAGCAUUAGUCCUAAGAAGACAUGGGAAGGAGCUCUUGCAGGACUUGUUGGUUGUAUUACCAUUACCAUUUUGCUCUCCAAAUCGUUGUCCUGGCCUCAAUCCUCGUCAGCUUUUGGAGUUCUUAACUUCUUCGGGUCGGUCUUUGGUGACUUAACUGAGUCAAUGAUCAAACGUGAUGCGGGUGUCAAAGACUCUGGCUCACUCAUCCCUGGACAUGGUGGAAUAUUGGACAGAGUUGAUAGUUACAUAUUCACUGGUGCAUUAGCCUACUCGUUCUACUGCAUGAUAACUUUGCAUCAAGGGGAAUGCCACCACUUGCUGCAUGCGUUUAUAGAGGAUAUUGUUUGGUGGGCAAGGAUAAAACGUGACUACAUUGGUACUGGAAUACCACAAAAUGUUUUGCAUGAUGAGCAUGAUGACUCCGACAAGGCACUUGCUAUUGCAAACGAUGUAUGGGUCUGGGAAACCCUAUUUGAUGGAGGAGAGCCUCUUGGCCCAUAUGUAACUGAUAGUGAGGAGGAAAGCUCACAUGGUGCCAAACGUUUUAAGACUGAUGCUGAUUCGGAUGACAAGUAUCCUAAUGUAACUGAUACUGAUAGUGAGGAGGAAAGCUCACAUGAUGCGAAACGUCUCGGGACUGAUACUGAUUCUAAGAAGUGUAUCAAGCAGUAAAGUGCUUUGCCUUUGUGUAUGAAAACAUGCAUUUGUCGUUUGUUUGUUUCAUCUUUCUUGUCUAAAUAAUAACUCUGUUUUAUGUUCAAAUUAUUUGCGGUUUAGUCCCUUUUCCCAUCAAUUUAGAGGUUUUGAGCUAGCUAAUAAAUCUAUGUAUGCUUU